AUGUCAGUCAGCGAUUGGGAGAAUGUUAAAGAAAAUAUACUUCCUUUGAAAACAGGAAGAGAUCCAACUAAACUAGCUCAGCAGUUUACAACUCCAACCAAACAAGUAGAGGAAAAGUUAGUAAAAGAGAAAGCUGAAUUUGAAAAAGCUAUUCAAGAAUAUAAAGGAGAGGAUCCAUUGGACUUGUGGACAAAAUAUGUUAAAUGGAUUCAACAAUCUUACCCAGGAGGUAAUAUGAAGUCAGAGUUGUUGGUGUUGUUGCAACGUUGUAAUAAUCUGUUUGUCAAGAGCGACCAGUACAAGAACGAUAUGCGGUAUCUGCGAUUGUGGCUGAUCUAUGCCGACAUGUGUCGUGAACCGAUCGAGAUAUUCAACUACCUCGAAGUACACGGUAUUGGCAGCCAGUUGUCAUUGCUCUACGAAGCCAAAGCCAUCAUCUAUGAAAACAAGACAAACUAUCCGUUGGCCGACCAAUCCUACCAACUCGGAAUCCAACGUCGUGCUCAACCACUCGAUCGUCUUCAAAAGAAACAUACAGAGUUUGAAAAGAGACUUGUUCAUCAUAUGAAGAAUAAAGAUCUCUUGACUGCUUCAUCAUCGACGUCUAAUCAACCAGCCAGCAAUGUACCACCAUCCACACCGAACAAUAAUGAGAAUACACCAACGAUUCAAAGAGCUGCAUUGGGUACUAUUUCAUCGACCGUUGUUACAAGUGAAAGAAAGUCUUCUCAAAUCAGAGGUGCUCCUAUUGGUAAUGGUGUGUCGUCAACACCAUCAUCAUCAUCAGCUGCUGCUGCAAGUGGUGACUUGGUUAAAAAGAGAAAGACCGUUGAAUCAUCUGCCAGCAAGAAGUCGUCGUCCUCUACAGUAUUUGGUAGUGGUGCAAGUAAUGGAUUCCAAGUAUACGAUGAUUCAAAAGGUGGUAGUGAUGAUAGUUCUCCAAUUGAAACAAAUCAAAAGUUUGUUGGUAAAAAGUCAAGUUCCACCUCAACUUCCAGUUCAUCAUCAUCAAACACAAUGUAUUCAAGUGGAAUUAAAUGGGAAGAGUUGGAACCAGAGAUUGGUAAACACAAGGAGAAUACAAUGGCACCGGCCAAGUGGAAUGAAUCAAAGGUGGUUCAAAAAAAGAUAAAGACUGCGCCAGCCGGUCCUGCCUUUGAAAUAUUUUGUGAUGAUACUACCUCUUCUGAACAACAACAACCAAUAGCAGCAGCACAAGGUCUUUUAAAGAAUAUUGUGCCCAUUCAAACUCAAGUGGAACAAAUUCAAGAUAAUCCAUUGGCCAAUUUCCCAAAACCAGAUAUUGCUUCUGCUUCAUCCUCAUCCUCAUCCUCCUCUUCUACUUCUACUUCAAGUAAAACAACAAAGAAAUCAUCUUCAUCAUCCUCCUCCUCCUCUUCUACUAAUGCAGCAGCAACAGCAGCAGCUACAACAGUAUCCAAUGAAAAGAUUGGAUAUAAUAAAUCAUUAUUUAUGCAAGGUGAAAAUGAAUUAUCAUUUGAAGAGAUUAGAGCCAAACAUUACAAGGCGAAACAAGAACAAAGAAAACAACAACUACAACAAAAACAACAAAGAGAAGAAUCAAUGAUGAUGAUGGCUGAACAAAACAACAACAACAACAACAACACAUCGUCUGUUACGAUGGAGUCAUCAAUGAUUGUAUCAGAGACAUCACAACGUUGUCCAUCACCAACCAUGACAAUCAAUACAAAGGAGGCUUUAAAGGAUGUCAUGUCUUGGUUCCAUACACCAAUGCAAUUUGAAAAAAAGGGAAAAGCAUCAAAGAUAUCUUCUUCAACUCCCUCUAGACUACGUUCACUCUCUCCAACACCAUUUAGUGAAAUUGAAAAUGAAGAUUUGGAUCAUCUUGAAAAUCAAGAAAAUAUUGAUCCCGUCAACCUAAAUAUCAACCAAGACUUGAAGAAAAUAACAAAUGGUGAUAUUGUUAAAAAGACAUUAUUGGGUAAUGAUACUACAACUUUGGAUAUUCAAAAACAUAUUAGACAACAACAAAAUCAACAAGAUGAUAGUUUGGAUGAUGAAGAAUAUGAAAGAGGUGAUACUGUUCAUACAAGAGAUAGAAUUGAUUUAUUGGUUAAAAAGGAAAUCAACAAACCAUCUGGUGGAUUUAGUAUUUUCCAAGAUAAUAAUCAAUCAACUACCUCUGCACCAGUAAAACAAUCAUUUUCAAUCUUUCAAGAUAACCAAGAGACCAACAACAAACCAUCUGCUUCAUCUGGAGGUUUUUCAAUUUUCCAAGAUGAACCAACACCAACACCAGCAGUGGUCAAAUCAAAUACAUUUGCCAUUUACGAAGAUCCAAAGGUGAUUUCUCAACCAGAGAUUACAUCCCCGCCAUCACCAUUGGCAUUGGCUCAAAAUAUUAAAUUAAGUGGAGAAGGUAUAAUACCAGCAACAAGUGGUGGUUUUGCUAUUUAUCAAGACCCUGAACCCUCAACCACAACAAGCUCAUCAAUCACUACAUCUUCACCAACUCCUUCUUCUUCUUCCUCUUCAUCUUCAUCUACUUCUCCUUGUUCUUCAAAUUUAACAAGUCAAUUAAAUACAACUAUGGAUAAAACUCAAAUCAUUGAAAUUUGUUUAACACCAAGUAAUGGAAUUGUUGAACCAUACAAUGAUGUUCAUAGAUGUAUGGUUGAUUCACAUGUCAUUCAAUAUCUUGCGUUGGUCGAUAGUUUUAUGGAUUGUUCCAAUCAACCAAUGCCAACUUUUGAAGCAUUAGAGUCGGCCAAUGGCGGUAUGAUCAAUCUCAACGAUGACUUGUCCUUGUCGAUUAGCAAGUGUCUUUCGAGUGAUGGUUCGUCGACCACCGGCUCAAAGGUGUAUCGUGCCGAAGCAUCUGGGGAUGUGGUGAUUUUACAACUUGCCAAACCAUCCAAUCACUGGCCAUUCUACAUUCGUCAGCAGAUUAGCGAGCGUAUCGUAGAGAGUGCCACCACAGCUCUCAUGUCCAUGUCGGGUGGUGACGCCAACGUUGACGAGCAACAACAGGCCAUUGCAGAGGCCAAGGUUGAGAGUAGCUUGUCGCGCUUUACCUCGUUUUACUCGGCCCAUUUGUACAAUAACGCAUCAAUCACCUUGACCGAGCUGAUGGAGCACGGAUCGUUGUCAUCGAUCAUCCAACGUUUGUCGAGCGACAAGAAAACACUCGAGGAGCCACUCAAGAUGUACUAUGCACUCGACAUUUUGUCGACUUUGGAAAUGUUGCACGGUUGCCAGAUUAUCCACGGUGGUUUGUCUGCCGAUCACCUCUAUCCCGCCUUUUCGGCGUCGGGGAGUGACUGGACCGCCCAAAAUGGGUGUCCAGCCGGCUGGCUCAAACUUUCGUCUUUCAAAAACUGUAUUGACGCCAAGCUCUACAACAAGGACGAGGAGCAACAAGUCACCUUUUCGUGUCCCACCCGCGAUAUGCUCCCAUCGACCUUGUGCACACCACUCGCCGACAUUUUGAUGGACCGAAAGACAUGGGCCUACGACCUCGACUAUUUGGGUGCCCUCCAAACCAUCUACCAAAUCGUCAAUGACAGUGUCGACUUGUCAGGUCUCUCUGUCACCAAGACUGCUGACGAUGGAAAACUCAAAUUGGAUACCUCCAAAUUAAAACCAACCCUUCAAUUGACUGUUUGGAACCAAGUAUUCGAUGCACUCCUCAACUGUGGUGGUAGUGGUAAAUGUCCAUUCCAAUCUAUCAAAUCAAUCAUUGAAAAAUACCUCGAAGCAAAUCCAACCAAAACAAAAUCAAUCUAUCGUCAAAUUAGAAAAUUGAAAAUAGAUUAUCAACCUUCAACUUUAUCAAAUAUUUAA